GGGUCCGGCUUGGUGUGUGUGCCGUUGCGUUUCUGCCCGCCAACGGGACACACCGAAAGCACAAAGAUUUCCAAACCCCAAUGCAUAUAAAAACAUAAAGACAAUUCCUCUAAACAACCCACCGCGCCCCUUCUUCUCUCUCUGCUCUUUCAAUCUUCUUUUGAACAGUUCCGGCGGAAAUGGGAGCCCCUUUCAGCUUCUUCUUCCUGUGUUGAGCCCGGAGAUCCAAGAUUUAUUGAUGGCGAUGCAUCGAUAUGAACAAUCCGACGAUGAAGGCCAAACCCAUUUGUUUCUCCUCGAUUCUCUGUUCUGUGAGGAGGAGAAAUGGGAGGAGGAAGAGGAGGAAGUAGAGGUGGAAGAAACCCAUCUUUUUCCUUUGGGGGUUUUUGAGGAAGAUCUCUUCUGGGAAGAUGAACAGCUUCUUUCUUUGUUGUCUAAGGAAACAGAACAGCAGAAACAGAGCCAUCUCAAGCUCGAAGCUCUGUUCACGGAUCCUUCUCUCUCUGCUGCUCGUUCUUCGGCUGUGGGGUGGAUGCUGAAAGUUAAUUCCCAUUAUGGAUUCUCUACUCUUACUGCAAUUUUGGCCGUGGGUUAUCUCGACAGGUUCCUUUUGAGCCUCCAUUUUAGGAGUGACAAGCCGUGGAUGACCCAGCUUGUGGCUGUUACUUGUCUCUCGUUGGCGGCUAAAGUGGAGGAGAUUCAAGUUCCUCUUCUGCUUGACCUUCAAGUGGAGGAUGCGAAAUAUGUGUUUGAGGCCAAAACCAUUCAAAGAAUGGAGCUUCUGGUCCUCUCAACUCUUCAAUGGAGGAUGCAUUUGGUGACUCCUUAUUCAUUUCUUGAUCACAUUGCGAGGAGGCUUGGAUUCAAGACCAAUCUUCACUUAGAGUUUUUCAGGCGUUCUGAACACCUUCUCCUCUCUCUACUCUCAGAUUCAAGAUUUGUUGGCUAUCUUCCAUCUGUCUUGGCAACUGCCACAAUGAUGGAAGUGAUAGAUCAGAUUGAACCCUAUAAAUCACUGGAGCACCAAGAUCAGCUUCUGAGCGUCCUCAAAAUGAGCAAGGAAAAAGUGCAAGUCUGUUACAAUCUUGUGGUGGAGCAUUCAAAGGCCUAUGGCAAUGGCUUUUAUCAUUCCAACAACCCCCACAAGCGCAAGCAUGAACAGCAAGCUCCUGAUAGCCCAAGUGGUGUGAUAGAUGCAGGUUUCAGCUCAGAUAGCUCCAAUGAUUCUUGGGCAUUGAGAGCAGCAUCAGUUUGUUCAUCACCUGAGCCUUCUUUCAAGAAGAGCAAAACUGAAGAGCCAAAGAUGAAAUUCCAUUCUCUUAACAGGGUCUUUUUGGACAUUGUUGGCAGCCCCUCUUAAUUCUUAAUUGUUGCCCCCCACUUUUUUCCCCUCCAAAGUACUAGGAAAUGAUUAUGUUUAUAAUGCUGCACCAUUUCUCACUUUUGUUGCUGCUGCAAGUUGGGGGAACUCUGAACUUUUCAUCCAUUGUUAUCAAAUUGCCAACAAUGCCCUUGGCAUCAGAAUGGGAAGAAGGAAGAAGAGCACUGAUGGGGAUUAGAUGAGAAUUUUCACAAAAACCAGAAGUGACCAGAGGAAAAAAAGGCAUUGGAGGAGACAAAAGUAUGCAAUCUGGCUUCUUCUCCUCUAAAACUGUAUACACUUCUGUCAUUCCCAUCCUACUUGUUUUCAAAUCAGAUCACUUUUCUUUUUUGUCUUUGGACAAAACUCAUAUAUUAUUAUUAAAUAAAAGCACAGCAUUUUAUGUUCA